ACAAGCGACAUAUCGUGGUUGGCAUUAGCAUUAGAUGUCCUAUUGUGCGCAUUUACGCAGGAUAAACAUGGCGCGGACAGGCACAACAGACAGGCAGCUAUUAUUCUUCCCACACAUUGGAGAAUACGCGAGGGGAGUAUGUGGCGACUACAACGUCCUUUGACUUUGUGUGUAGCGGGCAGGGUAAACUAUCCAUGCAGAACAGCGACGGCAGCAGGAACAGCUAGCUCGCCAUGUACUACCACGCCACCCUUACAAGAGGUGCCCGGCCCUCGAUGUUAUCCAGUAAUGGGCACCCUCUUUGAUAUGAUCUUCGAUAAAGAUUUCAAUAAGGAUAAGAUUCACAUCUACUUCAAGAAGCUCUUCCAGAAGUAUGGGUCAGUGGUGCGUGUCAAGUUCCCUGGCCAGCCCACUAUGGUGAUGGUCCACAAUCCUGAAGACCUCCUGUUCAUCCUGAAUGCAACCAUGCAUAAUCCUGUAAGGCCUCCAAUGGAAAGUCUCAAGAAAGCCAGAUAUGAAAAUGACUAUUAUGAAAAGAAGUCUGGCCUUGUGUCUGAGAAUGGUGAGGAGUGGGCACGUUUGGCAACUGUCCUGCGGCCCAAAGUGCUGCGUCCCAAUAAUGUGAGCCAGUACUUGGCAAGGAUGGACCAAGUGACCCUUGACUUCUUACAAAGGUAUGACAAAAUAUCUACUCUUCGAGACACCAGUGGGGAAGUCAACAUUGACUUCAUAGAAGAAUUGAAUAAAUGGUCUUCAGAAUGUAUCUGCUUGAUCUCACUUAACCAGCGAAUUGGCUGUCUGGAUCCUUCGCUCCUUGCAGGCUCAGAGCCACAACUCAUUGUAAAGGCAACUGUAGAUUUCAUGAGAGCCCUCAUGGAGUGUGAAUCAGGUUCCAAGCUGUGGAAACUCUAUCCCACAAAAAUAUAUAAACAACUUCGAACUUCCAUGGAGAUACUUAGAAAAAAAACAAGUAAUGUUUUGGAUGAAAUAGAGUCUGAAAUGGAGGCAAAGCUAAAAAAGGACCCAAGCUCAAGCCUCACAAUGUUGGAGCAGCUUCUAUGCCAAGAUGGUAUCACCCGCAAGGACAUCAUCACAUUCAUGAUAGACCUCCUCCCAGGUGCCACAGAAACGGUGUCAAACAUGGCUGCUGUGAUCCUAUACCUUUUGGCAAAGAAUCCUCAAGCUCAAAUCAAGGUGCAGGAGGAGAUAGAUCAAGUAUUAGGGGAUGGUGUAGACGUCCUAACACCAAAACACAUGAACCAGCUCUCCUAUGUCAAAGCAGUGGUCAAGGAAGCCAACCGUGUCCUGCCACCUGCUCUAGGCCCAGUGCGCCUCCUUCAGGAAGAUUUGAGGCUGGGGAACUUCUUACUCCAAAAAGGGUGGUUGGUGUUCCUCAUGAAUGCCUUUGCUGGUUGGGAUCCAGCAGAGUUUCAAAAGCAUGAUCAGUUCUUGCCUGAGCGAUGGUUACGACAUCGGCCUUAUGGAGAUAUCCAUCCCUGUUCCGUCAUCCCUUUCUCCUUUGGCAUCAGGAUGUGCAUUGGACGACGUAUAGCUGAGCAAGAGAUCUAUACUUUGAUUGCCAGGAUGCUGCAUCGCUAUAAUGUAGAAUACAAGCAUGGAGAGAUAGACCGCAUCCAUAAGUUUGUUUUCUCACCUGUUGGACCAAUGAAAUUUACUUUCAUUGAUCGUCAUCCAAAAUAAUGAUGAUGAAAUGGGUGCUGUACAUUAUGCAUUAGAUAUCCUGGCACUAAAUUCCUUUUCAUUUAUGCAGUUGAUGGUUUUUUUGAUCCAUAAGUAAAAUACAUAUAUAUGGAAUUCUAAAUUGUUUUAAGUUCAUUCCUAUUUUCCUUAUCAAGCCAUGAUGUCUUAUGUACCAACAUGCACAGUAAUUUUUAAUUAUGUUUUCUAUUUAUGCUAUAUUAAUAAGUAUGUUGUUACAGCUGUUCCACAUCUGCCAAUUGCAAAAUAUUAGAACUUCCAUAUAAAUUAAAUAUAAAA